UUAUUAUAAAGCAUUCUUUAGUUUCUAUGUCAUGUGGAUCUACAAUUUCUCAGAACAACACCUACCAUGUGAUAUCCAACUUCAACACAGUUACUGAUCCUUCACCUUGUACCUAUACAGUCUGUCCAAUGAACAACAAUAUCUGCAAAAUAAGACUAGACUUUGAGACUUUUACUAUCAGUGGUCCAGCAACUACAACUCUUAAUACAGCUGAUGUAAUCAUUGGUCCAUCUAUAGGAGACUGCACUACAGACUCAUUCACAGUAACCGCCCCUGGAAGUAGAUCCCCACCAACUAUUUGUGGACUGAACACUGGACAGCAUAUGUAUCUGGAUUCAAGCUCAGCUUGCAACAUCCUCUCCUUUAACAUAGACAGAGCCACCACUGUAACUAGAAGUUGGAGGGUAAAGGUUACUCAGUACGAUUGUGGAAGCGAUGUUCCUGGAAUAGUUGAAGAUUGUCUGCAGUACUUCACAGGACUCUCUGGCACUAUAAGAAACUUCAACUAUGAUACUACUAAAGUUGAUUCAGCUCUGGCAACUGCAAACACUCAUCUUUCAAACCAAAACUACAAUAUCUGCUUUAGGCAGGAGAGAGGUUUCUGCUCAAUAUGUUUCAGUCCAGUUAUUACCAAUUCAUUCUCAGUAAGUGCCAGCGGUAAUGAUGCUGAGGCUCAAUCCGCUAUAUCAUCAUUGUGCACUGGAUCAGGUGCAUAUGGAGAUUAUAUUGAGGUAAUAAACAUCUUUGGUGAUUAUAUAUUGAGGUAAUAAACAUCUUUGGAG